AAAAAUUGGUGAAGAUGAAGCAUACUUGAAAUCUUUUCCAUGGUGAGCAAACGACAUCGUUUCUAAUUUUCCAUGAUCGGUCAUUGUGUAACCAUUAUUCCCUCUUCUCUUAACCAAACCCAUUCGACCCUCUACAUUUCAACCACACCCAACGUUUCACUGUCAAAAACCCUAACUCAAAACCUUUCAAUCGCAAAAAUCUUCCCGAACCCAACCUCGAAUUCAGCUGUAAAAAGAUUAUCUCAGCAGUUAAAGUUUGUGAAUCAUGAAGAGGAUAGAAAGUGAAGUAGAUAUGCUAUCCGCAUUGCCGGAACCGUUAUUGCACCACAUCAUGUCAUUUCUCUCAUUUCAAGAGUUUGUUAGUUCGUCUGUGUUGUGCAAAAGAUGGAUGCAAGCGUGGCGUACUUAUCCAGAGUUAGAAUAUGUUGACAGAAUUCAUCAUCGUACGAGAAGAGGGAGGGUGAUGAAAUGUUUCGAAAAGAUUCUGCUGAAGCGCCAUAUGGAUAUGAUAAGUAUAUGUAAGUUUAGAAUUCAUAUGUGCUUUCUGAGCUGUCAUCAAGCAUCAUUUGUGGACCGAUGUCUAUGCUAUGCGAUUGGAAGUCAUGUCAAAGAGCUGGAGCUUAGUUUAGAAAGAGGGUACAAGUUGCCUCAGUUAGUUUUAUGUUCAAAAUCCAUAGAGGUGCUGCAGUUGGUAGGUUGUAAGCUGGAGUCGCAUUGUGAUAUGAAGUUACCUUCUUUGAGAAAAUUGACGCUGUACCGAGUUUAUGCUGAUGGUCGUGUAAUUGAAAAACUAGUCGCUGGUUCUCCUUUGAUUGAGUAUCUUAAAAUUGAUUUUUGUCAUGGAGUUAAAAGUCUAGAGUUAUCUAAUGUUACUAAACUCAGUAAAAUCAAGGUAUAUGGCGGUGGUUUUUCUCGUGAACUUAAACAGCUGGAUGUCAAUGCACUGAAUGUUCAUUCAAUAAGUCUUAGUCAGUUAUCUGGACCAUGUGAGAUUAAUAUAGCUCCCUGUAAGAGUCUAAAACGCUUAAAGUUGCGUAGGCUUGUCAUAAGGGAUGAGUGGCUUUGCAAUGAAAUGUUGAAACUUCCGCUUCUUGAGUACUUAAGCAUAAUGCAUUGUAACAAGUUGGAGAGUAUUAAGAUUUCAAGUCCAUCUCUUAAGGAAUUGUUGAUCACAGAAUGUUCAAAUUUGGUUGAAGUUAAUAUGGUGACUUCCAAUUUAAGCAGAUUCAAAUAUAGUGGUGAUGUAAUAUCCUUUUUGUUCAACGAUUUGACUUUGUCACAAGUUGAUCUCAAUUUUCAUUCUGAGAAUAUCGAUGAUCAAUGGUAUGCCAAGUAUACUGAACUUCUUGCAAAGUUCCAUCAGUGUUCCAAAGUCUUUUAUUUGCGUAGUAACACGGGUGAGAAUGUGAUUAUUCCGAGAGAAUCAAGGCAAAUAUUACGUCCCCCAUUAUUUGGUGUCAAGCAUUUGGACUUUACAGUAACCAAGGGAGAUAAGGAUUUUCGAAUUGCAGAACUUGUGGAUGGCUUACUCUGGAUUUCACCUCAUGCAGAAACUAUAUCAAUUCAAUAUGAGUUCACGUACUUGGACAACUUCUCUUUUCAGUUCACAUACAAGAAUCGGCUUAUUUGCGAAGGAGAGACUCCUCAUUGUUGCGAAUCACUUCCUGUAUCAUGUUGGCAGGAUUGCCUGAAGGAAGUUAAGAUUGAGCAUAAAGCAUUCAGAGGGUCGACAAAUGUUAAAAGUUGUUCUUUCAAGGAUGAGGAUAUCUUGGAGAAGAUUGAUGGUCUUUGCAGAUAUAACCCAUGAUAAAAUCCGCUUGAUUUGGAUAUUUUAUUGGUGUACUUGUAUAGGUUAGUUUAGUAUGAUUUCUGGAUUUAAAUGUAUGUACUUUGCCUUCGACUGAGUUCUAAAUUUUAUUUUAUUUGUAUAUA